AAAUGAUAACGCGUGAUAAUAAAUAAUUUUUUCCAAAUACUAUAAAUGAUUUAUAAAUCAUUAUUUAUUUACAGUAUUUGAUUGAUGUUACAACUUACACAGUUUCAGAGUUCAGUUAUCUGUUGACACUCAACGUAUGACAGUAAACGAAUUUACCAAAAACUUUAAAAAGUAAAAAUUAUUAUCCGCCUACGGUCUUCUAAAUAAUUGUUUCGUUUAAAUAAUUAUUAUUAUUAUCCUUCAACAUUGGAAACAAACUACAAUAAUAUUUAUAAAAUUCGUAAAAUAAAAAAGAUGUCUGGGGAAGCGAUGAAUUCAGAUUCAAAUCCUUGUUUGCAAGAACAGAGAAUAUCACUAAAAUGUUUACAAGACAGCUUUGGAAAUAGUAAGAAAUGCAUGCCUGAAAUUGAAAAUUAUAAAGAAUGCAAAACAUUUUGGUACAAUAUUUAUAAAGAAAGAAAACGAAAAAACAUAAGACCACAUCUACCCUCAAAGGAAGAACGAACUAAAAUAAAAAAAGAAUACUGGACUCAGCUUUGAAAUAUAUAUAUUUAAUUAUUCAAAGUUUACUACAAUAAUUGUGUAAUAUUUUAGUUGCAUAAGUGCUUGAAUAAUAUAUUAUAGCUUAUAUUUAUGUAAUAGUAAUUUUAAGUUUUUUUGAUAAUUAUAAAAACAAUUUACACAAUAAUGUCUAUUUAAUAAUACAAGAUA